AUUUUGCCCGCACAUCCAUUGCGAACGCCUAAAUCUGGUUCUUCCUUUCACACCCCCUUUCUCGCUUUAUACAAGUUACUUUUAUAUACGUAGCAAGGACACAAUGGCUAAGGUUAAGGUUGCCGAUCUCCGCGAGAAGUCUCAGGCUGAGCUUACUCAGACCCUCGACCAGUACAAGCGCGAGCUUAUGGAUCUUAAGGUCCAGCAGGUUGCCGGUGGUGGUGACACCAAGGGUGCCAAGAUCCGUGACGUGCGCAGGAACAUUGCCCGCGUCCUGACCGUUAUCACCCAGCAGGCCCGCGAUGAGGUUCGUGCCCAGUACGCUGGCAAGAAGCACAUCCCCAAGGACCUCCGUGUCAAGAAGACCCGUGCUCUGCGUCGCGCCCUCACCGUUGAGGAGCUCUCCCGCACCACCCUCCGCCAGCAGAAGAAGUCCGUCAACUUCGCUCGCCGCCUGUACGCCAUCAAGGCCUAAUCUCUUUUUGAUGAUCUUUUUUCAAAUAUCUGACAGCAUCCAAAAUUGUGUUCGUUACAAACUCAUCUAUGUG